AAGGAUCUGCAGGGAGAGAGCGGCACUAGAGUGGGUGGUACACGCGGGGGCCUCUCCAUUACCCCUGCAGCCCUGACUAGGCCUCCUCUAGCUGGAAACCACUCUGAGCUCCGGCCGGAGGCAGAGGCGGGGGAGGCUAGGGCGGCCUCAGUACCACUCUUGAGGCACUAAGCUACCACCCAGCCCUUGUGGCCCCAGACAUGGGUCUUCUCCCUUCCAAGGGUGGAGUCCUGCCUGGAGAGGAGGGAGCUGGUGCCCACUGUUCAGAUGCCUCCCACCCCAAAACCCACAGAAGUGGGCCACCCACCGACUCAUGGCGAUAAGUCUUGACUAUACAGUCGACGAUGCCUCGGAAGUAACCCACCACUGGGGACAAUGUGACAGAAGGAAAAAAAUGUCUCACCAGAGAUCCAGCCAGCCACAAACUCCUCCACAGGCAUUGUUCAGUCGGUGGGGUCCGGUGUCCGAGGAGCCGCUGAUGGACGGGACGGAAGACAGUGCCGGGCACUCGGGCCCUGCUGAACGGUCCCAUCGAAGCAGCGUGUCCUCCGUGGGAGCCCGAGCACCGGACGUGCUGGUGUAUUUGGCGGAUGACUCAGUGGUGCCGCUGGCUGUGGAGAACCUGCCGUCCCUCAGUGCCCACGAGCUGCACCGUGCCAUCCGUGAGGUCCUGCAGCUCCCAGACAUCGCCAUGGAUAUCUUUGCGCUUUGGCUUGUCUCCCCUCUGCUGGAGGUACAGCUGAAGCCCAAGCACCAGCCCUACAAGCUGGGCCGCCAGUGGCCAGAGCUGCUGCUGCGCUUCACCGACGCACCGGACGAUGACGUGGCCACAGAUGAGCCUUCCCUGCAGUUCCGAAGGAACGUGUUUUUCCCAAAGCGGCGGGAGCUCCAGAUCCACGAUGAGGAGGUCCUGCGGCUGCUCUACGAGGAGGCCAAGGGCAACGUGCUGGCGGCUCGGUACCCAUGCGACCUGGAGGACUGCGAGGCCCUGGGCGCGCUGGUGUGCCGCGUGCAGCUUGGGCCCUUCCGGCCUGGCCAGCCCAUGGCCUGCACCCUGAGGGAGCAGCUGGACUCCUUCCUCCCUGCCCACCUGUGUAGGCGGGGCCACGGGCUCUUUGCCGCCCUCCGUGGCCGUGGGGCCAAGGCUGGGGUCAGCGAGCAGGGCCUGCUCAACGCCUACCGCAAGGUGCAGGAAGUGGCCAGCGAGGACAGUGAGCGUGAGGCUUCCCUGAGGACCCACUACCACGCCUACCUCUGCAAAUGCCACGAGCUGCCCUAUUACGGGUGUGCCUUCUUCCACGGCGAGGUGGACAAGCCAGCCCAGGGCUUUCUGCACCGGGGUGGGCGAAAGCCAGUGACCGUAGCCAUCAGCCUGGAGGGUGUGCAUGUUAUCGACAACAGGGAGAAGCACGUCCUGCUGGGCCUGCGUUUCCAGGAGCUGUCCUGGGACCACACGUCCCCCGAGGAGGAGGAGUCUGUCCUGUGGCUGGAAUUUGAUGGGAACAAUGAAGGCACACCAGUGAACAAGCUCCUCAAGGUCUACUCCAAGCAGGCUGAACUGAUGAGUGGCCUCAUCGAGUACUGCAUUGAGCUAAACCAGGCCUCAGAGCCCGACGCCCCCCAGGACGGCGGGACUGGCCCCUCCUCCGCCCCUGGCUCCUCACCCCCUCCCGGCCAGCGCCCCCAGCUACAGAGGCAGGGCAGCGUGGUGUGCAGCCGGAUCCAGCACCUCUCCACCAUUGACUACGUGGAGGAGGGCGAGCAGAUCAAGCGGGUGAAACCGAAGCGCACAACGUCCUUCUUCAGCCGGCAGCUCUCCAUGGGUCAUGGGAGCUACACUGUGGUGCAGCCGGCCGAGGGCCCGGAGCAGAGCUGAGGCUGCAAACUGGAGGAGGGCACACGGAGGGGCUGGUCAGGCUGUUGAGCUGGGGAGGAGGGCUGCCUCGGAGCUGGAGGAGCGCCUUCUCUUGCCGGAUGGGGCGGGGCCAGGGCCGGGGCUGUGCAGCACUGCUCAGGGAUCCCAUAGGGUCCCUUUCCAGCCCGCCUGCCUUUCCCUGCACUUUGGCCCCUCUGCAGUCUCAGGACCAUCUGAUCAGGCCCCGGCCUGCCCCUUUCACCCAGGGACUUGCCUCUGUGCCCCUCAGGAUGGACAGUGUCCCCUCCCCUGUUCUGUAGCCCACAUUGGCGGCCCCCACGGCGGGUGACUGAGGAAUAGGGCUUGGGACUUGCCCAGUGUGUGUCCCUGGUGUAUUCCCUGGAUUUUAGUGACUACAUCCCUGCAUUCCUUCAGCCUGCAUCGGAGCCACACUGCCAGGCAGGCCAUCACUGCAAGGAUGGGACAGGGCCUCCCAGGGCGGGUCCUUGGCAGGAAGAGGAGGAGAGGCCCUGCCGGUGCCCUCCCUGGCUGGCUGGGGCUGGAGGUCCAGCUCAGCGGGCACCUGGGCCCCUCACUCAGGCCUCUCUUGCAGGCAGGAGACACUGACCAGAAGGAAAGUGCCUUUUUUCUAGCUUUCGGUGGUGUCACUGCGCUUUAAGGUGGCUGUUCUGGGGACCAACAGGCCACCGGACCCUCCCUCCACACUGAGAAAAGCUCCCUGUGGGCUUCCAGUUUCGGUUUCGACUUCUUCUCAGCUGCUUUGGUUCCACCGAGCCGUGAGCUCCGGGGCACUCAUGGGAACCCCACGGCCUUUGCCCUCCUGGCUCCCCGUGGGCUGGCGCUGCGCUUUCCGCCUGACCCGGCCCUGCGGGCCGCCAGCCCGUCUAGUCUCCUCUCUGAGAAACCAGUGACGGCCUGAAUGUGGCGCUGGGCGCGGCUCCUCUGUGGCGGCGCCCUGGUGGGAAAGGCAGCCCUGGCACAGAGCAGGGCUUGCCGCAUCCCCUCCGACGCCCGCCGGAGCCCGCCUUCUGCCUCUCCCGGCUUUGGAGCACUCCGUCAUGAUAAAUAAGUUUCCCAGCCUUUGGAAUGUCCCAGCCAAAGGACAUCUCGUCUCUCCUUCGGAGUGACUCACCUCUCUGGCUCCCAGCCCACUGUCCUCUCUGCCCACUCACUGUUUUGAUGCCAAGUGAAUUCUUAUCUGAUGGGCUCACGGGGCCUGUGGGGUGUGGCGGGUGUGUGUGUACACACAUUACUUGUUUUUACCCUUGUCUUUCUCAUCUUUUGUAAGCCUCCAUUGUGCCUUAACCUUUUCUGCCUGUCCUUUGGGACAAAACAGCAUUUUACUGAAUGUCCUUUGAAUAUUCUUUCUUUUGUACCAUGUGACUUAAUAAUAAAAUCAGUUUCCAGCAAUGUUGGUGUAGUUUAUGAUAUGAAAU